GUGCGUGGAGAGAUGGGGGAGGGUGACGGCGACGUUGUGAUGCAUGCCGGUGGCCAGCGCGACGGCCAUGGUGGCCCCGCCGUGUCUGCACUGCACGCCCUCUCGAUGGGUUCGAGGGAGCGCCCCGACACGCCGGAGAAUCGGCCGCCGGCGGGGUGCUUGAUGCCGGAGAAUCGGGGUUUUUUGCAGGUCACCACCUCGAGCCGUCAGUUGGCAGCGGGGAGGCCCCAUGGGCCAUGGGGAAAACGAUAGGAGGCGGCGUGAGAGGGGCUGCUAAACGGAUGGGCAUGUCUUUUGGAAGCUGCAAGCUGCCGGAUGAGCAAUACUACAAGCAUUUGGAUGAUGAAAAGAAGCAUUUCUUGGUGCUUAUGUUGGGUGAUUUCGAAGAUUCGAUGAUAAUCCCAGAAGAAGUUGUGCGGCGUUUGAAAGGUGAGAUCCCAGGAGAGAUCAAGCUGGAAACCCGAAAUGGUUACAGUCACACUAUUGUGGUUGCCAAGAACCAAGAAAAGCUUGUCCUUACAGUGGGUUGGCGGCAAUUCAUCGAAAACUAUGAUCUACAGAUUGGUGAUUCCUUAAUGUUCAGAUACAAAGGGACCUCUCAGUUUAAUGUCAUGAUCUUUGACAAGCUUGGUCGUGAAAAAGCAUUAUCGGUUGUUCUCGAUCCUUUUUUGCAUCGGGUCCAAGACAGGCGCAACGAGGCACAUGAAAUCGGGUCUUCUAAAAAGAUGGAUGUGCCUUGGGAAAGAUGCAAGAGCCGGACUGAAUAUCACUACGCAAACUUGGAUGAUGAGAAGAAAUAUUUCUUGGUGCAUAUGAUGGGCGUUUUUCAACAUGAGAUGAUCAUCCCAGAAGAAUUUCUUCAGCGUUUCAAGGGCGAAUUCCCAAGAGAGAUGAUACUUGAAACACAAAACUGCCGCAGUUACGUAAUUGGAGUUGCCAAGAACAAUGGAAAUCUUGUCCUUACAGUGGGAUGGGGGAAAUUUGUUGGGACGUUUGGUCUAGAGAUGGGUGACACCAUAGUAUUCAGAUACAUUGGGAACUCUCGGUUUAAUGUCAUAAUCUUUGAUGAACUUGGCUGUGAGAAGGUAUCAUCAGUUUUUGUGGAUCCUUCUCCGCCUCCUGUGCAAGAAAAGCGAACAAGUGCUACUGAUACUGUGAAAAGUUCUCAUUUUCGUCCUCAGACCAUAGAAACGCAGCCAUUUAGCAUAGGGAAAGGGAUGCGAAUGGAGUCACCACGCCUCCAAAUGGAAAUGGACAAGUCAUGGGAAGACAACAACACCGUUUUAAGUGUUUCCUCCCACGAGUCAUCAGGUCUCAGCCCCGCGUGUCAAGACAACAACAUCGUGAUAAGAGAUCCUGUCUACUAUGAAGAAGAAUGUGGGGUACGUGAAGUGCCUGGUUCCGAUUUCAAAGUCAGGAAGAAGAAGGCCAGGCUAUCUUCAAAUCAGAAGGAGCAGUUGAAGGAUGGUUACUUUAUCAGCCACAAGACCAAACUAACUUCAACUCAGAAGGAAAUGGUGAAGCAGAUGGUCCAAUCCAUAUACUCAGAGAUCCCCAUCUUCGUUGCUGUGAUGAGCAAGUGCAACGUUGUUGUAGAAUUCUAUCUGACUUUUCCUAGACACUACGCUAAGAAAUAUCUCACAGAGGAGCCACACAUGUGUCUUCAGCGGCAGGGCCGGAAGUGGGAGGCACGGUAUUGUGAAUACAAUGGCGGGAAAAAGCUCACUAUUGGAUGGAAACAGUUUGUAAAAGACAACAAGCUGAAGAUGGGUGAUAUCUGCCUCUUUAAACUGUUGAGCAAUGAGAGAACCAUGAAGGUCUAUAUCAUCAGUGAAAACGUUGCCAAUUAUCGGGCAGGUCUCCAGAAUGACGCUGACCGGGAAGCGGUGUUCCGGAGAGGGGCUCAUGAUGCGGAUGGAGCGCGUGAUCCCGACUCAAGGUUCCUUCGCACAACUAAAACUGAAGCUAUGGAAGAUGAUGUUGUUUUCAAAACUGAAGACGGUGCCUGAUCGCCCAAGGAAAAAAGCCUGGUGUCUGAACCAAGCGUAGCUGCUGUUUUUCCGCUCUGGGGAAAACGAGCGGUCGUGUCGAUCAUAAGGCCUCGGUUGCGUUUUAGAAACUUGAAACUGUUCUGGUGCUCCAUCCUGCUCCUUAAUUUGUUCGUUUUCUUCACAGGCUAGCCGCGCACGCGGCCUGGAACUCCUCUAGCUGUAGUUUUAGCUGUGUUCUAGUUUCCUUUUGCGCCCCUGGAUGCUGCUUUUGAGGUCGUGGGUUAUUUCAUUAUCGUGGUGAUACUGGAAUCCAAUCCUUCGUGGCCCUUUGGGGAAAAAAUGGACGCCAAGUGAUCGAGAUGUCAUGUUACCGUAUUCCCUGACGGAGGUAAGACUGGUAAUGCUUUCAUGUUUGUGGUACUGCUGAUUCGUGAAUCGCUAUUGAUGGUGAUAUGAUAGUGCUUUUGUGUUAA